AUGGCCGCUCUGCUAGUAGUGUGCACCAAGGAGGAACAAAGAACAGUGAUCCAAUUUCUCUGGUGGAAGGUGUCAGGGGCUGAAAUUCAUCAGAGUCUUUCAACACAAUACAGAAACAGUGCUCUACCUCAUAGAAGUGUGUAUGAGUGGAUCGAGAAGUUUAAAAGUGGUCGGACAAGCGUGACACACGAAGAGGGAGCAGUACGCCCGUCAACCUCCACCAGUGAUGAGAUGAUUCAGCAAGCUCGAGAGAUGGUACUGGUGAACCGGCGAGUUACUGUCAAUGAGGUAGCAUGUUCUCUGCAGAUUAGUCAUGGUUCUGCUUAUGAAAUCAUCCACGACGAGCUCGGCUUCCAUAAUGUUGUGCGAGAUGGGUGCCACGAGAGCUUACCGCAGAGCACAAGCACAAACAUGUUGAGAUCUGCCAACGCUUACUCGACUGCUACAACAAUGAAGGCAAAGAAUUUUUAA